AACAGGACAUGGGCUCCUCAAUACAACAUCACGACAAUCGUCUGCCACCAUGCACCAUUGCCAAUCGGAGGCAAAGACGGCACCCAGCAAUGACCCCCACAUGUGUGGCCCAUCCACGUACGCAGUACCUGAGUCUGCACACGCAAGCAUGCGACUGUAGACUACAAAUGUCCAUCGGUCGUUAGGCGGGUAUUGCAUUGUAGCCGAAG